CCAAUGUCAUCUAUACACUACACGUCUACUGAGGCCUACCAUCUACCCUUACAAUUCAGUCGGAAGAAGCCUGGUCGACUCUGAAGAAUAUUCUACACUGACUGUGCACCGUUGCCAUGACCUCGAGGAACCAGUCGCCGCGCUCCCCCCUAUUUGACUCUGAGAAGUCGGAAAAGAAGGAUUCUGGUCUUGGAGACUGCGACUUGAGCCCUGCCCGAAGGCCCACUAACAUCCAUGAUGAGCAUGCAGCAUCUUCGGAUACCGAUACUGAAGUGCGAGGCAAAUUCCGUGGCGAUGGGAAGCGCGAAUUGACUGAAGAGGAUGCAUACGAGAAACUUGGCUUCUGCUUCCCAUGGUACAAGAAAUGGGGGAUUUUGACAGUUAUCUUCGUUGUUCAAAUGUCCAUGAACUUCAACAGCAGUACAUAUUCCAAUGCCGUGGUGCAGUUGUCGGAACAUUUCCAUAUCAGCCAGCAAGCGGCUCGAGUCGGUCAGAUGAUCUUCCUGGUAACCUACGCCUUUGGCUGCGAGCUAUGGGCGCCAUGGAGCGAGGAAUUCGGUCGAUGGCCUAUUAUGCAACUGAGCCUUCUUCUCGUGAAUGUCUGGCAAAUUCCCUGUGCCUUGGCACCUAACUUUGGAACCAUGGUGGUUGGUCGCGGCCUUGGUGGCAUUAGCUCCGCAGGAGGCUCGGUCACCCUGGGUAUGACCGCUGACAUGUGGGAGCCAGAUGACCAGGGCUUUGCUGUCGCAUAUGUGGUCUUGAGCUCUGUCGGUGGGACGACUAUUGGGCCUAUAUUCGGAGGAAUGAUGGAGCAGUGGUUGAACUGGCGAUGGAAUUUCUGGAUCCAGCUUAUUUUCGGUGGAGUCACCCAAAUACUCCAUUUCUUUUUCGUCACCGAAACAAGAUCUACCAUCUUGCUGGAUCGAGAGGCGAAGCGUCGGCGCAAAUCUGGUGAGGAUCCAAAUGUCUAUGGCCCGAGUGAGCUCAAGCCUUCCCGGUUUGAUGUGAAAGAAAUCCUUCGCAUUUGGCGUCGCCCAUUCGAGAUGUUCCUGCGCGAGCCUAUUGUGCUUUUUCUAUCUCUUCUUUCUGGCUUCUCCGAUGCGCUAAUCUUUACCUGCAUUGAAUCGUUCUCCUUGGUCUUCAAACAAUGGGGCUUUAAUCCACUGCAUGUUGGAUUGUGCUUUGUCGCUAUUUUUGUUGGCUAUCUGGUUGCAUAUGCCAUUUUUCUGCCCGAUAUCUACCGCCAGCGCUUGAUCCGACGACGAGAGGGUGAUGCGGCCCGGGUGGCUGAGCGCCGGCUCUUACUUUUGCUUUUCAUCGCACCCCUGGAGACGAUCGGACUCUUUGGCUUUGCCUGGACGUCCAUGGGCCCGGAGUAUACCCACUGGAUGGUGCCUCUGGUCUUCGUAUUCCUGAUUGCCAUCGCAAACUAUGGUAUCUACAUGGCUACGAUAGACUACAUGGUGGCGGCUUAUGGCGAGUAUUCCGCGUCCGCUACGGGCGGGAAUGGGUUCGCACGAGAUCUUCUCGCCGGGCUAUCCGCGAUGUACGCAACCCCGAUGUAUACCAACAUUGGCGGACGCUUUCAUCUCCAAUGGGCUAGCACUAUUCUUGGCUGCUUGGCUGUCUUGGUGACCAUUCCGAUUUACAUCUUUUACUGGAAAGGCCCUGAGAUACGUGCGAGGAGCAAGUUCGCACAGACCCUUGCCGCGGACAGGCAAAGACACACCACUAGACGUCGGAGCAGCCAAUUCAGUGCGUCGAGGAAAGCUUCUAUGGUGUAGAAGCAUGUUGAAAUCUUCGAUUCGAAUAUACUUUUACCAACUUGUUUAUAAUAUCUUGACGUAAAUCUUAAUCAAUCCCAUUUAUAGAACUUCG